GUUGGAAAGGGCUCGGGUGGUUCUGUCCGUCUAAUUCGUCGCAGUACGGACAACAAGACCUUUGCCGUAAAACAGUUUCGUCAAAGGUCGCCAAAUGAAAGUAUCAAGGAAUAUACAAAAAAAGUGACGGCCGAGUUCUGUAUCGGGUCAAUUUUACAUCACUGUAAUAUAAUCGAGGCCCUAGAUAUCAUUCAAGAAGGAAACUCGUUUUUUGAGAUCAUGGAGUUUGCCCCCAAUGACAUGUUUAGUAUCGUGAUGAGUGGCAGGAUGUCUCCCAAGGAGGUCGAUUGUUGCUAUCGCCAAUUCCUUGAUGGAGUAGCCUAUCUGCAAUCUAUGGGAAUCGCACACCGAGAUUUGAAACUGGACAAUAUGGUUUUGGAUGAAAGAGGAAUUGUAAAGAUCAUUGACUUUGGGUGUGCUACGGUCAUUCGACACCCAUAUGAGAAGACCAAUCGAAUGUGCUCAGGAUUAUGUGGAUCUGAUCCAUACAUUGCACCAGAGCAAUAUUCAAAAUCAGAGUACGAUGCUAGUCUAACAGAUGUUUGGUCGUGUGGAAUUAUUUUCAUUUGCAUGUCCAUACGUCGAUUUCCAUGGCGUAUUGCUAUUCCUGACAAGGACAAAACCUAUAGUGACUAUCUCAGGACGUGCUUGUCUGGAACCGGAAUAGUCCAGAUAUUUCAACUGCUGCCUGGUUACUCAAGAAACAUCAUAUCCCGGAUGCUUGCACCCGACCCGGACAAGCGAUGGACACUCGAUCAGGCGUUGGGAGAUUCAUGGCUAGCAAACAUCGAUACAUGCACGGUCGAACAUCCAACCCAAGCUCAC